AUGUCUCACGAAGGUCAAGAAGAAUUGUUAGAUUACUCUGAUUCCGAAGAAAUCGCCGUCCAAACCACUGGUGCCACCGCUGAAGGUGAAGCCGCCAAUGGUAAAGAAGCCGACAAGAAAGGCUCCUAUGUCGGUAUUCAUGCCACUGGUUUCAGAGACUUCUUACUUAAACCAGAAUUAUUGAGAGCCAUUGGUGAUUGCGGUUUCGAACAUCCUUCUGAAGUCCAACAAGUUUGUAUUCCACAAUCUAUUUUGGGUACUGAUGUUUUAUGUCAAGCCAAAUCAGGUUUAGGUAAAACCGCUGUUUUUGUUUUAUCUACUUUACAACAAUUAGAUCCAGUUCCAGGUGAAAUUUCAACUUUGGUUAUUUGUCAUACCAGAGAAUUAGCUUAUCAAAUUCGUAACGAAUACGCUCGUUUUUCUAAAUAUAUGCCAGAAGUUAAAACUGAAGUUUUCUAUGGGGGUACUCCAAUCUCUAGAGAUUUGGAAAAAUUGAAAAAUAAGGAUACCUGUCCACAUAUUGUUGUUGCUACCCCUGGUAGAUUACAUGCUUUAGUCAAUGAAAAAGGUAUUAGAUUAAGUAACAUCAAAUCCUUUGUUAUUGAUGAAUGUGAUAAAGUUUUAGAAUCUAUUGAUAUGAGAAGAGAUGUUCAAGAUAUCUUCCGUAAUACUCCUCAUCAAAAACAAGUUAUGAUGUUUUCUGCUACUUUAUCCCAAGAAAUUCGUCCAGUUUGUAAAAAAUUUAUGCAAAAUCCAUUGGAAAUUUAUGUUGAUGAUGAAGCUAAAUUAACCUUACACGGUUUACAACAAUAUUACAUCAAAUUAGGUGAACAAGAAAAGAAUAGAAAAUUAUCUGAAUUAUUAGAUUCUUUGGAAUUUAAUCAAGUUAUUAUCUUUGUUAAAUCUACUCAAAGAGCUAAAGAAUUAAAUAAAUUAUUAUGUGCUUGUAAUUUCCCAUCUAUUGCUGUUCAUUCUGGUUUAAAACAAGAAGAAAGAAUUGAAAGAUAUAAAUCUUUUAAAGAAUUUAACAAACGUAUUUGUGUUUCUACUGAUGUUUUCGGUAGAGGUAUUGAUAUCGAAAGAAUUAACUUGGCUAUCAAUUACGAUUUACCAAAUGAAGCUGAUCAAUACUUACAUAGAGUUGGUAGAGCUGGUAGAUUUGGUACCAAAGGUUUAGCUGUUUCUUUAGUCUCAACCAAAGAAGAUGAAGAAGUUUUAGAAAAAAUUCAAUCAAGAUUCGAUGUCAAAAUCACCGAAUUCCCAGAAGAAGGUGUUGAUCCUUCUAGUUACAUGAACACUUAG